AUGAGCAAAAUCGGCGGCACUGGAGGAGAAGAACGGAGUGAAAAUGAAUGGUCGGAAGAUGAUCUCUCGGCUAUCGAGAAUCUUGAGGAAGAAAUUUAUCAGAUUCAUCCAUCAAUUAAACUAAAAGAAGAAGAUGGUGACGGAAGUUUCGCUGCUGAAUUCUAUCGGUGCGGAACCGAUUGGUCCUGCUUGUCGCCGGUGGCUGAAGUAGUUGAACCUUCUCAUUCUCUUUCACAGUCAAGAAAUCUGAGACAGGCGAAUCUAUGGCAGAUGUGGGGCCAAAACAAACCUUCUCCCCUUUCAUCUCCGCCUCCAAACAAGAAGCUGAAGAAAACUCAAUUUUGCGGCCAAGCCAAAGCCAAAGCCACAGCCAGAGCGACUACGUCCUCUCCUAACCAUAACCGCCCUCGCGCUUGCCCUUUCUAUAAAAGGAUUCCAAGUUUCUCAGUUGAUGCGUUCCGAUAUAUUCAUCCAUUGGAACUUGAUACAGACUAUGUUAUUCAAGGAGUAAAAGUAACAUUGCUAGAAGCUAAUCACUGUCCCGGAGCAGCACUCAUUCUUUUCCGUCUCGAAACUGGACUCUGUUAUUUGCAUACUGGAGAUUUCAGGGCUUCUAAACUUAUGCAGGACUAUCCGCUUCUUGCAAACAACCGAGUUAAUGUGCUUUACUUAGAUACAACCUAUUGCAAUCCAAAGUACAAGUUUCCUUCUAAAGAAAAUGUAUUGAGUUACGUUGUCAGAGUUACCAAAAAUUUUCUCAAAAAGCAACCCAAAACCCUGGUUGUUGUUGGAGCGUAUAGUAUUGGCAAAGAGAGUGUUUAUCUUGCCAUUUCUAAGGCAUUAGGGGUUAAAAUAUAUGCAAAUAAUUCAAGGAGACGGAUUCUGCAAUCUUUUGGUUGGCCUGAUCUUUCAACGAGUCUUUGUACACAAGCUACUGACACAUGUCUUCAUGUGCUACCCAUAUCUUCCCUGCGAUAUGAGACCUUGAAGGAUUACUUGAAGAACUAUGUAAAUCAGUACACAGCAGUUUUGGCAUUCCGGCCAACAGGCUGGACUUACUCAGAGGGUUUAGGCAAAGAUCUUGAUCUAAUUAGGCCUAGUACUAGAGGCAACAUCACAAUUUAUGGAGUUCCAUACAGUGAGCACUCUAGUUUCACAGAGCUGAGAGAGUUUGUUGAGCCAUUUGCCAUUCUGAUUUUCCAGUUUUUGAAGCCUGACAAGAUAAUUCCUACCGUCAAUGUCUGGAAUCCGGAUAAUCGAGAUAAGAUGCAGUCCUAUUUCCGGGAAUGGCUCAAAGGGUAA